AUGCCUCUCUGCUGUACGCCGAGCAGCGAGGACAUUCUAGUUGACCGAGACAGUGACUCAAGUCUGGAGAACUCUGAGCCCUGGAGUUUGACUGCACUGUCUCUCUGGAAAUGUGACUAUAAUGGUUUUUUCCGGAAAAAUGCUUAUCUUCUGCUCAUUGUGGCUGCUAUUGUCCUGGGUACCUGUCUGGGUUACGCUCUACAUGCCUCUAACAUGACGGACCUGCAAAUCUACUACCUCCUGUUUCCUGGAGAACUGCUGCUGAGAAUGUUGCAGAUGAUGUUCCUUCCUCUCGUCAUCUCCAAUCUGAUCACAGCCAUGUCGUCAGUGGACAAGACGUCCUCGGGGAAAAUGGGGCUCUUUGCUUUUUGUUAUUACGUGACGACCACUUUCCUGGCUGUGUUCACUGGCAUCGUCCUAGUGGUUCUAAUCCAGCCAGGGAAAUCCCUCACGCCCAACGUGUCCCCUGGUGAUACAACGGACUCCAUACACCCAGUGGAUGCCUUUCUGGAUCUGAUCAGAGAUAUGUUUCCUACAAAUCUGGUGGAGGCCUGUUUCAGAAAGUAUAAAACAAUUUAUUCUGAAAUGGAAACUCUCGAUGUCAACAUGACAGUAAAAAAUAACCCAACACCGACCCCAGGCACCAUCGACGGGGUCAACAUUCUGGGCUUGGGGGUCUUCUGCAUCGUCUUUGGCCUCGUUCUGGCCAAAAUGGAGGAUGAGGCGAAACCUCUGAAGGACUUCUUUGGCUGCCUCAGUAAAGCCAUCAUGCGUCUGGUUAGUGUCUUCCUCUGGUAUUACCCGGUAGGAAUCUUCUUCUUGGUUGCAGGACAGAUUUUGAAGCUGAAGGACCUCAGUGUUUUAGGACCACAGGUUUGCAUGUAUGCUCUCACUGUGAUCACUGGCCUGGCCAUCCACUGCUUGUUCACCAUGCCGCUCAUCUAUUUAAUUUUCGCACGCAAAAAUCCCUUCAAAUUCAUGGCUAGUCUCCUGGAGGCUCUCACCACCGCCUUAGGGACUUCAUCCAGUUAUGUGACGCUACCCAUCAGCAUGAAGUGUCUGGAGAAUAAUCUGAGGUUGGACAAACGGGUGACGCGCUUCAUGAUGCCUAUAGGUGCCGUCUUGACCAUGGAUGGAACAGCCCUCUAUGAGGCUGUCGCUACCAUAUUCAUAGCCCAGGUUUACAAUAUGGAACUUGAUCUGGGUCAAAUCAUCAUCAUCAGUAUGACUGCGACAGUGGCAUCUAUCGGAGGCUCAGGUAUCCCACAGGGCGGCAUAGUAACCAUGGCGAUGGUGCUGUCAUCAGUUGGCGUGCCCCUUGAAGGCGUUUCCUAUAUCAUCCCAGUUGACUGGAUGAUGGAUCGUUUGAGGACGACCACCAACGUGCUGAGCGACUGUUUCGGUGUGGGAGUCGUGCAUCACCAGCUGCAGGCUCCUGCAGAGGACUGGUUGGUGGAGGAAGAGGCAGAGAUACCUUUUGACUGA